CGUUGGACCGUGGCCCCCAUCCCCCUUGUUAGCGCAGAACGCUGCCGCACGCUGGAUUUCCUCGCUGGCCGUCAGGCGGGUGCGCCCGAACUGCCCCUCAUCCCUGCUGAGACGAUGGAUGUACUUUCCAAGCUGGAGAUAAUAUCAUAUCUGUAAUUUGUUGUGCCAUCGCGUUAGUUUUCGGAGUAACUUCAAGUUGCAUUUUAGGAUGAUGGUAGACUUUGUCAUCGGUCAUGCCUGUUAGGAACAUUUCUGUUUUAAACAUUGACUGAGGGAUUGAGUUUUUGUGAGUUUUUGUUACGAAGCUAUGACUUGACGGUGAUUGUUGACGUUGUGUACAAUUUUAAUAAUCUGUAAUAUGCACAUUCAUGCGCUCUCACGAAGCACGCAAUAAUGUUUUUGCUCGUAAGGCUUACUUUUUUCUUGGGUAGUUUGGCGCUGGUUACUGUCUUUUCAGACGCCAGGAUCUCUAAUAUGGAUGGAAAUUCUAGCGGAACUGGGAUGACAACGGUCAACAACAGCAGGCUGGCAGAGGGAUUAUCAAGGAACAGUCCGACUCUUCACGAGACUCACAGAAAAAUAGUGCAAUCCACAGGUGCGUCAGUUUUGGAUUCUGAGAGGACUUCAACAACUGAUAGUAAAGCUCAUUCAACAAAACAUAGUAGGCCUAGUUCCGAUCAUAUGUUAUCAAGGCGAAAUGAAAUCUCGAGUAAUCACCUCGAAUUUCUUGGGCAUCGAGUCAACAGCCAAACACAGGAGCUGGAGGUGCCAGGAACCACCAGUAAAUCAACAUCCACACACUCGGACUCGGAGCAUCGCCUUGGGGGACAGCCCAGAUUUAAAAGAGUUGCAGAAGACAGCAAAACAAAAGAUUUAAUUGAAAAGAGACCGACUGACAAAUAUGGCAAAGAAACAAAUCUUGGAGAUGUGCAUUUAGCAACAUCAAAUACCAUGUGGGAAUCUGUGCCGAAGCCUAUGGCACAGAAUUCAACAGAUUCUCCUUUCGAUUUCACCAGAAAUGAUGAUUUAUUAACUGUGCCAGAUCAUGAUUUAGACGAAAUCACCCCUUUGAUACCACUGGUUACACGAAAGAGAGAUAAUGAAGUAAAAAAUCCCUUUUACCCUGUCACAUCUGAAACAUAUGGAGCAUAUGUGAUUUUGAUCAUUUCUGUUAUAAUUUUCUCCGUUGGAAUUCUCGGCAACAUAACAAUUAUGUGCAUCGUUUGUCACAACUACUACAUGCGAAGCAUCUCCAAUUCCCUCCUGGCCAAUCUUGCUUUUUGGGAUUUUAUUAUCAUAUUUUUCUGCCUGCCUUUAGUCAUUUUCCAUGAAUUGACAAAGGACUGGCUACUUGGAGAAUUCUCUUGCAAGAUUAUUCCAUAUAUUGAGGUGGCUUCAUUAGGCGUAACGACAUUUACACUCUGUGCACUCUGCAUCGACCGCUUCCGCGCCGCCACUAACGUGCAAAUGUACUACGAGAUGAUCGAGAACUGCACGUCCACGGCGGCCAAGCUGGCGGUCAUCUGGGUUGGCGCUCUUCUGCUGGCUCUGCCGGAGCUGCUGAUCCGGCAGCUGGUGCGGGAGGAGCGCGAGCCGGCCGAGGUGACGCCGUGCGAACGCUGCGUGGUGCGCAUCUCCACCGAGCUGCCGGACACGCUCUACGUGCUGGGCCUGACCUAUGACAGCGCGCGCCUCUGGUGGUACUUCGGCUGCUACUUCUGCCUGCCCACGCUCUUCACCAUCUGCUGCUCGCUGGCCACCGCGCAGAAGAUUCGUCGGGCCGAGCGCGCCAACGUGCGGGCCAGCCGCAAGCAGAUCCAGCUGGAGGGCCAGAUGAACUGCACGGUGGUGGCGCUUGCCAUUGUCUACGGCUUCUGCAUCAUCCCCGAGAACAUCUGCAACAUCGUGUCGGCGUACAUGGCGGCGGGCGUGCCGCGCCGCGCGCUGGACAUCCUGCACCUGGUCAGCCAGAUGCUGCUCUUCUGCAAGUCGGCGGUGACGCCGGUGCUGCUGCUGGCCCUGUGCCGGCCCUUCAGCCGCGCCUUCAUGGACUGCUGCUGCUGCUGCUGCGAGGAGUGCGGCCCGCCACGCGCCUCGGCCGCCACCAGCGACGACAGCGAGCACGACGCCACCACCACCGAGCUGGAGCUGUCGCCCUUCAGCACCGUCCAGCACCGCGAGGUGUCCACCUACACACCUGUGGGAACGCACUGCUGAGCAGCACCACGGGCCACACUACCGCAGACCGCAGUGUUUAGAAAGGGCUCUUUAGUUCCACCAGAAAGGAUCGAAUGUGAUGGGGUGUGUUAAGAAUGCAGAGUGGAAAAGGAGAAGCGUAGGUGGAGCGUAGGUGAAACGUUGGUCAAGCGUAGGUGAAACGUUGGUCAAGCGUAGGACACCAUUUGUGAUGGUUGUAUAAGUCUACACACUUGUUAAAUAGAACUAAAGCUGUGGUAUGUAAACGUUGAUACUGCAGUGUUGGCACGUUGUCAGAGCAUCAGUCAGUCUGCUCAGCACAGACAGUGGGAAUAUAAAUAUAGGAAGCACAGUGUUUAUUAAAUGGCCUGCUGUUCCCCAUCACGUCCUGAAAUGCUACACUAUGCACUGAUUGUACAAAAACAACAAGCUGUGAGUCAAAUUGAACAUCCUUUAAGACUUGAACCAUGUUUUAAGGUCAUCACGCCAUAGACAGUUUACUUCAGGGCAGGUAUGUGUACAAUGUAUGUGAACUGCCAUUGCUGUUUACAGAGGGCAAAUGUCUACAUAGGGAAUAGGCUGUUUAAAGUCGCUAGAAAUGAAUGAUGAAUUCACCAUGUUUAAUGAUUUGCACUGCCCUGUAGCCCAGCUUUCACUUGAGAUCUUGAGUGUUGUUACGUCAGAAGGAAAAAUAAUAUAUAAUGUUUGUAGUAUGUUUUUGGAUAAUGAUUCUUGUGAAUCAGUUCAACCUAUGCUAGUUCCCUUACUGUGUGAGCAUUCCAAGUCUGUAUUUGUUAGCCGAAUGUGUGAUACACCCCAGCGUGCUGCUGGAGCGGUUGUUUUUAGCUAAGAAUUGUUACUUUAGUAAUAAAAAGCAAAAGCUAUGAUUCAUCUCUUUCCAUUUUAAAACAGUAACAGACCCGACAGUA